GAUCACUUUGCCGUACGGACGUUUGACAACACCUUAAUUAAGGGCCUGCAACGAUUCACUUAUUUCGAGGUCCAAUCUUAGAUCAUUCACUUGCUUGUCAAGGUUAUAUGAAUGAUGAGGAUCGGACAGGUAGAACCUAACCCAAGAACACUGCCAGUGGUAACGCAGGGUGACCCUUCAUCAUCAAUAUGUGACUCGCGACCUUUCCGUUGGUCGAGGACAGCGAUUCAUAACAUCAAAUGGAGAAGUGCGGCGACGCAAGCUCGACACGGGUGAUGUCACACAAUUAUCCUUAGGACAUUCACAACCCUUACAGUUAACGAGAUUCCGACAGUGUACCCUAUAAGUAUUGUACGUUGGUUAUCAACAACCCAUCUCUCACUUUUUGAAUUUCCCACUUGAUCUGCACGGUUUCAUGUCGGGACUAGAAGAAUCUCUCUAUGCUCUUGAUUGGAAUAACAACAUAUCAGUUGCAAUCAUUACCCUGGUAUCUUAUGAGUACAUGCUUCAGUUCGAGAAAGAGGUCACAUUCGUUUGGCAAAGAGAGUGGUCAAUAAUGACAUAUAUGUACCUUGCUGUUCGAUAUUUCGGUAUUUCGGUUUCAAUGACUUGCGCCUGCUGGGGAGGUUUAUUUUAUAUACCUGAAACACCUUGUGAGUGUAUAUCGUAUUAAACUGAAGCUAAUUUUGCCUAUCACGAAAUUGAAAUAGGUUACGCAAUGCUUCUGUUUUUUCAAUGGGGUUUUUCUGUAUAUUUUUGCUUGGCGGAACUGAUUCUCAUCUUGCGUCUUUACGCC